AAUAAUAAGCAUUUAAAAAGGAAUAGCCAUGGAUGGAAGAAACGCUCUCACUCCACUCUGGUCCGCUUAUUCUCUGCAAUUACUGAAUCGAUUCUCGUGGAUUCCUUCAUUCUCAGAUCAUGGACCCGAAAUCGGCUGCUGCUGCGGUCGCCAGCAGCAUCAGAGAUCGCCAUUCCUCGAUCCAACAGGACGACGCCUCGGAUGCCCGGGCUCCGUUCAAGCAGCCCUUUGUGAUAGGUGUUGCCGGCGGGACUGCAUCUGGGAAAACCACGGUUUGCAAUAUGAUUAUCGCCCAGCUGCACGAUCAGCGUGUUGUCCUCGUGAAUCAGGAUUCGUUUUACCACUCGUUGAGUGAUGAGGUAGUGAAGAAGGUUCACGAGUACAACUUCGACCAUCCUGAUGCGUUUGACACGGAAAUGCUGCUCUCGUGCAUGGAGAAGCUGAAGCUUGGGCAGGAAGUUAGCAUCCCGGAUUAUGACUUCAAGAGCCAUAAAGUCACUGGGACAGCUCGAAAGGUGAAUCCUUCUGAUGUUAUCAUAUUAGAGGGCAUACUCGUCCUUCACGAUCCUCGAGUCCGUGAUCUCAUGAACAUGAAGAUAUUCGUCGACACAGAUUCUGAUGUUCGACUCGCUCGAAGGAUUCAACGAGACACAGUUGAGAGGGGACGGGACAUUCAAAAUGUGCUCGAACAAUAUGAGAGGUUUGUGAAGCCUAGUUUUGAGGAAUUCAUAUUGCCCUCAAAGAAGUACGCUGACAUCAUCAUCCCUCGAGGAGGAGAUAAUGAUGUUGCAGUCGACUUGAUAGUUCAGCACAUUCACACGAAGCUCGGGCAGCAUGACCUGUGCAAAAUUUACCCAAAUAUCUUCCUGAUACAUUCAACCUUUCAGAUUCAGGGAAUGCACACACUUAUACGUGACGUAAAAACAACAAAGCAUGACUUCAUCUUCUACGCCGACCGUCUAAUUCGCUUGGUCGUGGAGCAUGGACUCGGUCACCUGCCAUUUGUGGAAAGACAGAUAAUUACUCCGACAGGAAGCGUGUAUCCAGGGGUCGUCUUCUGCAGAAGGUUGUGUGGAGUUUCAGUCAUUAGAAGUGGAGAGAGCAUGGAGAAUGCAUUACGGGCAUGCUGUAAAGGAAUCAAGAUCGGAAAAAUCCUCAUCCAUGGAGAAGGAAACAAUGGGAGGCAGUUGAUCUAUGAGAAGCUGCCUUCGGAUAUUGCCAGUCGCCAUGUAUUCUUGCUCGACCCUGUUCUAGCUUCAGGAAAUUCAGCAGUUAAGGCAAUUACUCUGCUUCUCAGUAAGGGCGUCCCUGAAUCAAAUAUCAUCUUUCUUAAUCUUAUAGCAUCGCCUCAAGGAAUCCAUGCAGUAUGCAGGCAAUUUCCAAAGCUAAAAAUUGUCACCUCGGAGAUUGACUCGUCUCUUGAUGAGAACUUACGAGUUAUCCCAGGCAUGGGGGAGUUUGGCGACCGGUAUUUUGGAACUCAUGAUGACACUUUUGCACCCCCAAAGUGACAACAUGGUCGGGCAUUUGGAUGUAGAAACUUGGAAAAGGAGGACGUUAUGCUCCAGCACUUGCAAACUGCUCCUCAAACUCAAUCAACGUCGAAAGAAAAGAUUGUGCCCUGUGACUAAUUGUGUAUUAGCUUUCUUGACACAGAUAAGCAUUGGAGUGUAUUUUUUCGUUGUUUUAACAUUCCGAGAUCAUUUUUUUU